AUGUCGUGGAGACAGAACCUCGGCCAGACCGGCGCUAACACCAUCCCGCUGGGCAAACGACGAUUCGGCGACGAAGAAGAUGCUCCUGGAAUGGACGCGCCAGAACCCGUACCCGUAAAGCGUGGCCGCAGUCCUGAGCGCAAGGCACCAGAACUCAACCCGGACGGCACCAAAAAGAGGCGCAAGCGCAACCGCUGGGGUGACGCGGCCGACAACAAGGCGGCUGGCCUGAUGAACCUGCCGACCGCCAUCACUGCGCCCAUGACGGCGGAGCAACUCGAUGCUUAUGUGACCCAUUUGCGUAUCGAGGAGAUCAGCCAGAAGCUGCGCAUCAACGAUGUUGUGCCAGCAGACGGUGAUCGUUCUCCCUCCCCGGCACCGCAGUAUGACAACUUCGGUCGUCGUGUCAACACGCGCGAGUACCGCUACCGCAAGAAGCUGGAAGAUGAGCGUCAUAAGCUUAUCGAGAAGGCGAUGAAAAUCAUCCCCAGCUACCAUCCGCCGUCCGACUACCGCCGUCCCACAAAGACCCAGGAGAAGGUCUACGUGCCGGUCAAUGACUACCCGGAGAUUAACUUCAUCGGUCUCCUCAUCGGCCCUCGCGGUAACACUCUCAAGACCAUGGAGAAGAACUCUGGCGCCAAGAUCGCCAUCCGAGGCAAAGGCUCUGUGAAGGAGGGCAAAGGAAAGUCUGACGCUGCUCACGCCAGUAACCAGGAUGAAGAUCUUCACUGUUUGAUCAUGGCAGAUACAGAAGAGAAGGUCAACAAAGCCAAGGAGCUCAUCCACAAUGUCAUUGAGACGGCUGCCUCCAUUCCUGAAGGCCAGAACGAGCUGAAGCGCAACCAGCUUCGUGAACUUGCCGCCUUGAACGGUACCCUUCGUGACGAUGAGAAUCAAGCCUGCCAGAACUGUGGUGAGAUUGGUCACAGGAAGUAUGACUGCCCACAGCAGCGCAACUUUACCGCCAACAUCAUCUGCCGUGUCUGUGGUAAUGCUGGUCACAUGGCUCGCGACUGUCCAGACCGCCGUCCGGGUGCAGACUGGCGUGGGCCACCACGUCGCGGGCCAGAGAAUGCACUGGACAACGACUACGAGAAGCUGAUGAAUGAGAUCGGUGCUGGUGAGACAUCGAACCCGAACCGCCAGAUUGGCUGGGAGGAAGGCGUGGCACCCGACGCAAAUGGUGGCGCACGUCCUGCCGCUCCUUGGCAAAAGGGGCCUACAGGGGCGCCAGCACCAUGGCAACAACAACGCCCCACUGGCGGUGCUGCACCUUGGCAGAAUCGUGAGCAAGGCAACGGCGGAGGCUACAACGCUGGUCCGCCUGCAGGAGGUCCUCCACCAUGGGCUAGAGGCGGAGGCGGUGGUGCCCCAGGAGGAGCAGCGCCAUGGCAACAGCAGCACCCGGCAGCACAGGGCUAUGGCUACGGUGCUCCAGGCUAUGGCAACGAUGCGCCUCCACCACCUCCACCAGCUGACGUUCCUCCUCCACCACCCAGCGACAUUCCUCCACCUCCCCCUCCCGCAUGA